GGAGGGCUGCAAAGAAAAGAGCAGGGUUGCUCUGCAGCAUUCUGUGCGAUUCCACUGUGAAGUGCUCCAGGUCAGCCGACCCACCUGGGUGUUUCAAAGGAUAUCUGCAUGCAUGCUUGUUAACACAGAUCUCUGUGGCUGCACUGCUGAAUAAGGAAGAAAUUUUCUGCCACUUGUUUAAACAUGGGAUGCAGUUUGUGCACUCUACAGAAGCAAGAAGAACAGUACAAAUUACUGUAUGAAGUUUGUCAGGUCAAUGGGAAGGAUUUAUCUAAAGCAACGCAUGAGCAGGCAGUGGAAGCAUUCAAAACAGCCAAGGAGCCCAUCGUGGUGCAGGUCCUGAGGAGAACUCCACGCACCAAGAUCUUCACUGCUCCUGAGUCUCAGCUGGUGGAUGUGGGCACUCAGACAGAUAUCACUUUUGAACACAUCAUGGCUCUAAGCAAGAUGGGCUCGCCUACCCCACCCGUCUCGGUGCUGGACCCAUACCUCCUACCUGAAGAUCAUCCAUCAGUACAUGAAUACUAUGACCCAAAUGACUACAUGGGAGGAAUCCAUCAAGAAAUGGACCGGGAUGAGUUAGAACUGGAGGAAGUAGAUUUGCACAGAGUGAACAGCCAGGACAAGCUUGGUCUUACAGUGUGUUACAGAACGGAUGAUGAAGAUGACACUGGUAUUUAUGUGAGCGAGAUCGAUCCCAACAGUAUUGCUGCAAAAGAUGGUCGACUUCGAGAAGGGGAUCGCAUUAUUCAAAUCAAUGGCAUAGAGGUACAGAACCGAGAAGAAGCCGUAGCACUUCUCACCAGUGAAGAGAGCAAGAAUAUCUCCUUACUUGUUGCAAGACCAGAAAUUCAGCUGGAUGAAGGAUGGAUGGAUGAUGACAGAAAUGAUUUUCUGGAUGACUUGCACAUGGACAUGUUAGAGGAGCAGCACCACCAGGCAAUGCAAUUUACUGCCAGCAUGCUUCAGCAGAAGAAGCACGAGGAAGAUGGUGGUACCACCGACACAGCCACUAUUUUAUCUAACCAGCACGAGAAGGACAGUGGCGUAGGGCGCACAGACGACAGCACUCGGAAUGAUGAGAGCUCUGAGCAAGAAAACAAUGCAGAUGAUCACACCACUUCCUCUAACACUUUAGGGAGCCAGAAGAAGCUGACAUACAGUCAUGACACUCUUGGAAGUGGCGAUAUGCAGUUCAGCAACGAGUCGUUUAUCUCAGCCGACUGCACAGAUGUCGACUUCCUUGGCAUCCCUGUAGACGAAUGUGAGCGAUUCCGGGAACUGCUGGAACUCAAAUGUCAGGUGAAGUCUGCCAACCCUUACAGCCUGUAUUACCAUACCAGCACUCUGGAUAUGAGCAAAAGUGACCAAGAAAGUGUUGACAAAGAGCUGGAGAUGCUGAAUGAGGAGCUGCGCAAUAUUGAGCUAGAGUGCCUGAACAUUGUGAGAGCUCAUAAAAUGCAGCAGCUGAAGGAUCAGUACCGGGAGCCCUGGAUGCUGCAUAACAGUGGGUUCCGCAACUACAACACAAGCAUCGAUGUUCGCAGGCAUGAGCUCUCAGACAUUACAGAGCUCCCGGAGAAGUCUGACAAGGAUAGCUCGAGUGCAUACAACACAGGUGAAAGCUGCCGAAGCACUCCGCUCACACUCGAGAUUUCUCCUGACAAUUCCUUGCGCAGAACUGCAGAAGGCAUCAACUGUCAAGGUAAUGAGGGAGCAGUGGCAUAUAAUGUCUCCCAAAAGAAUUUAUUUGCUGGCUCAGAAAGUCAUGAAUCCAGCACUGGUAAAUGCCAUUCAACUGCAAAAGAUCCUGACACUAGCAAACAGAUGGAAUGUAAGGAGAGAAAAGUCAGUGAUGGAAGCAAAAGCCCUACUCAUGGUCAAAAACCUUCUGGCUCCUAUGUCUCCCCAUACCACCACUCUCCAUAUAAGCAUGCUCAUAUUCCUGCUCAUGCACAGCACUAUCAAAGCUACAUGCAGCUGAUCCAGCAGAAAUCAGCAGUGGAAUAUGCACAGAGCCAGAUGAGUCUGGUGAGUAUGUGCAAAGACUUCAGUGCAAGCCAGAGUGAGCCGAGGAUGGAGUGGAAAGUGAAGGUCCGAAGCGAUGGAACCCGCUACAUUACCAAGAGACCAGUCAGGGACAGGUUGCUGAGAGAACGAGCCAUAAAGAUUAAGGAAGAGCGCAGUGGGAUGACUACUGAUGAUGAUGCCAUAAGUGAAAUGAAGAUGGGCCGCUACUGGAGUAAGGAGGAGCGGAAGCAGCAUUUAGUGAAAGCAAAGGAGCAGAGGAGGAGACGUGAGUUUAUGAUGCAGAGCAGGCUGGAUUGUUUAAAGGAACAGCAAGGUGCAGAAGAAAAGAAAGAGAUGAAUAUCAUUGAACUGAGCCACAAAAAAAUGAUGAAGAAAAGAAAUAAAAAAAUAUUCGACAACUGGAUGACAAUCCAGGAACUGCUUACCCAUGGAACAAAGUCACCAGAUGGAACACGAGUGUACAAUUCCUUCCUGUCAGUGACUACUGUAUAAUCAUCCUUGCUAAAUUAUGUACAUAAAACGCUACCAUUGGGGUAGAAAUCAAUGCCUCGUUCAAUGUGGCAAGAUUUUUGUAUAUAAGAUACAGUCAUCGAGUUUAUAGUUCAAAUACUGAACUCUACGACUGUGGGUGCCAGAAUCUCCAUUAUAAAGUGGAGGGAAAGUUUGCCCACCCCAGCUCCUCCAGAGGCAAUAUUAGCAGUGCUUUUUGGGAUACUGAUUGUACUUUUUUACUUGUUACCUUUUACAUAAAGUGUUUAAAUAUCAGAAAUGUAGUAACCAUACUUACACAGGUAAUUUGCUUAAACUAUAUUCAUAUAAAAAGGUACCCAUGCUCUUCUUUGUCUAAAAAGAUGCAAAACCCCACAAGAGCGACUGCACAUAGGUAUUUUUUGUGAAAUCAUAUUUUCUGAUACUAUUCUGCUGUUGGUCACUUCUACACUGAGUGCUGUUUAUCUAUAUUUAGCUCAAGGUUUAAACUCAGAAUUCUUGAAUUCCUAAUAGAGCCAUUCUCUUGUAAUAUUUAACAUUUAUCAAACAGCAGUUUGUAUUGUUACCAUCAACACUUAAGCAUUUUUCUUUCUAAGGUUUCUAAAGAAAGUAUAUAGGUUUCAUCUGAAAAGCCUGAAGCAAAGAGAAGUAUACUGCAGCUUUAAAGAUUUUAAAGCAUGUUUGCAAACAUUGCAACCUCUUGAAAAAAAUGUGCAUGUACAGCUGAUUUGUUUAUAUAAGACAGUUUGUGGAAUUUGAAAAGCCCAUGGUAGUUACCGUUUGCUUUAUAGAUUUGAACGUAUUGAAUUAUAAAAGCUGUUUCAUUAAAUCAUCACUAGCUGCAAAUGUUAACAAGUAAAAUGAAGUAAAAUAAAUUAUUGUUUUAUAUUUCAAAUGA